CAGCAGCCAACCAGGAGCUAAAUUUAAACCCAUGGGUUGUGUGUUUGUACAGCCCCCCCUGUGUCCCUGGUGCAGAGAGCUCUGUACCGGUGCUGCAGGAAGGGGGAUCCAGAGGAGCUCCAGCUCCUGGGACCCAGGGAAGGGGGGCUCAGCCGUGGGGCAGGAGGGGCAGAAACAGCUAGGAAAGGAACACCAUGGAGCCUGCUUCUCCCCAGGAUGAUGUGAAGAAGAGGCAACAGAAGGAGAAGUCCAAGAAACCGGUGCCACCAGUGGCCCCACGGCCAGCCCGCGCUCUGUUCUGCUUAACCCUGCAAAACCCGCUGCGGAAGGCGUGCAUCAGCAUCGUGGAGUGGAAACCCUUCGAGAUCAUCAUCCUCCUGACCAUAUUUGCCAACUGUGUUGCACUGGCCAUCUACCUGCCGAUGCCUGAGGAUGACACCAACAUUGCCAACUCCAGCCUGGAGAAGAUCGAAUAUGCCUUCCUGAUCUUCUUUGCCAUUGAGGCCAUGCUCAAGAUAAUUGCCUAUGGGUUUCUUUUCCAUACGGAUGCGUACCUCCGGAAUGGCUGGAAUGUGCUCGACUUUUCCAUCGUGUCUCUAGGGCUUAUCACCAUGACCCUGGAGAAGCUCAACGCAAAGGAGGGAGGGUCUUCAGGGGGAAAAGGCGGCUUUGAUGUGAAGGCCCUGCGAGCAUUUCGUGUGCUGAGACCCCUGCGCCUGGUGUCUGGAGUGCCAAGUCUUCAGGUCGUCCUGAACUCCAUCAUCAAGGCUAUGGUGCCCCUGCUCCACAUUGCCCUGCUGGUCCUCUUCAUGAUCAUCAUUUAUGCCAUUGUUGGGCAAGAGCUCUUCAAGGGAAGGAUGCACAAGACCUGCUACUACCUAAGGACAGAUGUGAUUGCCACAGUGGGAUCAGAGAAGCCAGCCCCAUGCACCAGCUCUGGCCAUGGGCGCCACUGCACCAUCAAUGGCACUGAGUGCCGAAGCGGGUGGCCAGGGCCCAACAAUGGCAUCACACACUUCGACAACUUUGGCUUUGCCAUGCUGACUGUCUAUCAGUGCAUCACCAUGGAGGGCUGGACAGAAGUCCUCUACUGGGUAAAUGAUGCUAUUGGGAAUGAAUGGCCCUGGAUCUACUUUGUCAGCCUUAUCUUGCUUGGCUCCUUCUUUGUUCUCAACCUAGUGCUGGGGGUGCUCAGUGGCGAGUUCACCAAAGAGCGGGAGAAGGCCAAGUCACGCGGCACGUUUCAGAAACUGCGGGAGAAGCAGCAGUUGGAGGAGGAUCUGAAGGGCUACAUGGACUGGAUCACCCACGCUGAGGUCAUGGACAGUGACCGGGCCAGGGGAGAAGGGCAGAUGUUCCUGGUGCCUCCUACUUGGUUGCACCUGAUACUCAGAACUUUCUGCCCAAGCUCUUGCUGCUGUCUCCCUGGGACAGCAUUUCUUCAUUUCACUUCUGAUGGGGAAGCUCAUCCUGGUGUGCUCCUGGGAGAGGUUCCCUCCCACAUGUUCUUCCCAGCGGCUCCAAGCCGUCAGUGGAGGCGUUGGAACCGAAUGUUUCGUAGGAAGUGCAGAGAGGUGGUGAAGUCCAAGUUCUUCUACUGGCUUGUCAUCUUGCUGGUGGCCCUGAACACCUUCUCCAUUGCCUCCGAGCACCACUUACAGCCAGAAUGGCUGACGCAAGUGCAAGACAAUGCCAACCGGGUGCUGCUAGCCCUCUUUGUGGCCGAGAUGUUGCUGAAGAUGUAUGCGCUGGGCCUGCGCCAGUACUUCAUGUCGCUCUUCAACCGCUUUGACUGCUUCGUGGUGUGUGCAGGGAUCCUGGAGACCAUCCUGGUGGAGCUCGGUGCCUUGUCACCCCUGGGCAUCUCUGUGCUGCGCUGCAUCCGGCUCCUCCGUAUCUUCAAGAUCACCAGGUACUGGACAUCCCUGAGCAAUCUGGUUGCCUCCCUGCUCAACUCGGUCCGCUCUAUUGCCUCUUUGCUUCUCCUCCUCUUCCUCUUCAUCAUCGUCUUCGCACUGCUGGGUAUGCAGCUCUUCGGGGGCAAGUUUGACUUUGAGGACAUGCAAGUGCGGCGCAGCACAUUCGACAACUUCCCCCAGGCCCUCAUCAGUGUCUUCCAGAUCCUGACUGGGGAGGACUGGAAUUCAAUCAUGUACGAUGGAAUCAUGGCCUAUGGCGGCCCAUCCUUUCCUGGCAUGCUGGUCUGCAUCUACUUCAUCAUCCUCUUUGUCUGCGGGAACUAUAUCCUCCUCAAUGUCUUCUUGGCCAUCGCAGUUGAUAACCUGGCUGAGGCUGAGAGCCUGACCUUAGCCCAGAAGGCUAAAGCAGAGGAACGCAAGCGGCGGAAGAUGUCCAGACAUUACCCAGAGAAGUCUGAAGAUGAGAAGCAGAUACUGGCAAAGAAGCUUGAGCAGAAAGCAAAGGGAGAAGAGAUUCCCACAACAGCCAAGUUAAAAGUGGACGAAUUUGCAUCCAGUGUCAAUGAGAUCAAAGACCCCUACCCUUCUGCUGACUUCCCAGGUGAUGAUGAGGAAGAUGAGCCUGAAAUUCCCCUGAGCCCUCGGCCACGUCCCCUUGCAGAGCUACAGCUGAAAGAGAAGGCUGUGCCCAUGCCUGAAGCCAGCUCCUUCUUCAUCUUCAGCCCAACCAACAAGUUUCGGAUGCUGUGCCACAGGACUGUCAAUGCUACCUGGUUCACCAACUUCAUCCUGCUCUUCAUUCUCCUCAGCAGCAUCUCCCUGGCAGCUGAGGAUCCCAUCCGGGCUGAGUCCUUCCGUAAUCAGAUCCUUGGAUACUUUGACAUCGGUUUCACCUCUGUCUUCACAGUUGAAAUUGUCUUGAAGAUGACAGCUUAUGGUGCUUUCCUGCACAAAGGCUCCUUCUGCAGAAAUUCCUUCAAUAUCCUGGACUUGCUCGUGGUUGCUGUAUCCCUCAUCUCCAUGGGAAUUGAGUCCAGUACCAUCUCAGUGGUGAAGAUCCUCCGGGUGCUGAGGGUUCUGAGGCCUCUGCGAGCCAUUAACAGGGCAAAGGGGCUGAAGCACGUGGUCCAGUGUGUGUUUGUGGCCAUCAAGACUAUUGGGAACAUUGUGGUCGUCACGACACUGCUGCAGUUCAUGUUUGCGUGCAUUGGGGUCCAGCUCUUCAAGGGCAAGUUCUAUAGAUGCACAGAUCCAUCCAAGCUGACAGAGAAGGAGUGCAGGGGUUACUUCAUCAACUACGUGGAUGGGGACCCCACGCAGAUCGAGCUGCAGCAGCGUGUCUGGUUGCACAACAACUUCCACUUCAACAACGUAUUCUCAGCCAUGAUGUCCCUUUUCACUGUCUCCACCUUCGAGGGCUGGCCAGAGCUGCUAUACAUGGCCAUUGACACUAAUGCUGAGGAUACAGGCCCUAUCUACAACUACCGGGUGGAGAUCGCAAUGUUCUUCAUCAUCUAUAUCAUCCUCAUUGCCUUCUUCAUGAUGAAUAUUUUUGUGGGCUUUGUCAUUGUCACCUUCCAGGAGCAAGGGGAGAAUGAAUACAAGAACUGUGAGCUGGACAAGAAUCAGCGCCAGUGUGUGCAGUAUGCACUGAAGGCUCGCCCACUGCGAUGCUACAUCCCCAAGAACCCCUACCAGUACCAGAUCUGGUAUGUGGUCACCUCCUCCUACUUUGAGUACCUCAUGUUCUUCCUGAUUCUGCUCAACACCAUCUGCCUAGGCAUGCAGCAUUACAACCAGUCUCCAGAAAUGAACCAUAUCUCAGACAUCCUCAAUGUGGCCUUCACCAUUCUCUUCACCCUGGAGAUGAUCCUCAAGCUCAUGGCCUUUAAAGCCAAGGGCUACUUUGGGGACCCCUGGAAUGUCUUUGACUUCCUCAUAGUGAUUGGCAGCAUCAUUGAUGUCAUCCUCAAUGAAAUUGAUACUGUUCUUGCAUCCAGUGGUGGAUUGUACUGCCUCGGCGGAGGCUGCGAUGGCAUUGACCCCGAUGAUGACUCCCGCGUCUCCAUCACUUUCUUCCGUCUGUUUCGGGUGAUGCGGCUGGUGAAGCUGCUGAGCCGGGGAGAAGGUGUCAGGACCCUCCUCUGGACCUUCAUCAAGUCCUUUCAGGCUCUGCCCUACGUAGCCCUGCUGAUUGUGAUGCUUUUUUUCAUCUAUGCUGUGAUUGGGAUGCAGAUGUUUGGGAAGAUUGCCAUGGUGGAUGGGACCCAGAUCAACCGAAACAACAACUUCCAAACCUUCCCACAGGCUGUUCUGCUGCUCUUCAGGUGUGCCACUGGUGAGGCCUGGCAGGAGAUCCUGCUGGACUGCAGCUAUGGCAAGCUCUGUGACCCUGAGUCAGACUUCAACGAGGGCGAGGAGUAUACCUGUGGCACCGGCUUUGCCUACUUCUACUUCAUCAGCUUCUACAUGCUCUGUGCCUUCCUGAUCAUUAACCUCUUUGUGGCCGUCAUCAUGGACAACUUUGACUACCUCACACGUGACUGGUCCAUUCUUGGGCCCCAUCACCUGGAUGAGUUCAAACGGAUCUGGGCUGAGUACGACCCUGAGGCCAAGGGCAGAAUCAAACACUUGGAUGUGGUGACUCUGCUGAGACGUAUCCAGCCUCCUCUGGGCUUUGGGAAGUUCUGUCCACACCGUGUAGCGUGUAAGCGUCUGGUGUGCAUGAACAUGCCCCUCAACAGCGAUGGCACUGUCACCUUCAAUGCAACUCUCUUUGCACUGGUGAGGACAGCCCUCAAGAUCAAGACAGAAGGUAACUUUGAGCAGGCCAAUGAGGAGCUCAGAGCCAUUAUCAAAAAGAUCUGGAAGCGAACCAGUAUGAAGCUCUUGGACCAGGUUAUCCCACCUAUUGGAGAUGAUGAGGUGACAGUGGGCAAAUUCUACGCUACUUUCCUCAUCCAAGAGCAUUUCAGGAAGUUCAUGAAGCGCCAGGAGGAGUAUUAUGGUUACCGGCCCAAGAAGAACCCUGUGGAGAUCCAGGCUGGACUGAGGAGCAUUGAAGAAGAAGCUGCUCCUGAAAUCCGUCGGGCCAUUUCUGGGGACCUGACUGCUGAAGAGGAGCUGGAAAGAGCAAUGGUGGAAGCUGCCAUGGAGGAAGGGAUAUACAGGAGGACUGGCGGCUUGUUUGGCCAAGUUGACAGCUUCCUGGAGCCCAGCAGCCCCCUGCAGCCACACGUGGCCAGCCAGAGGCCCCUUCAGUUCACAGAGGUGGGCAGCGAGGACCUUGAUUCCCCUGUGUUCCUCGAUGACUUCCCUCAGGAAGGCAACACCAAUGUCAACAACGCCAACAGAAACAGCUGGCUGCAGGGGAUGGAGUACGAGGAUGAGGUGCUGAGGAGGACAGUGCCAGCAGCACCCAAGCAUCCAGUGCAGGAGUGCAACCACCCCUCACCCAUGGAAAAGCUGCAGCGGAGACCAAGCAGGAGGCGAGGAGAGGCCACCUCUGGGAGCCACCCAUCAUCAGGCCUGCACUUUCUCCCGCAGGAGCAGCCCGGAGAGGAUGGCACAGUGACGGGAGCGGCAUCCAGCUCAGAGCACCAGUGGGGUGAAAGCAGUGACCUGAGUGCAUCCUCCACCCCCGCCAUCACCUUCCUCAUCCAGGAGGCUCUGAUCUCCGGGGGCCUCACAGCUCUGGCCCAUGACCCAACCUUUGUAGCAGUGACGAGGGCCGAGAUGGCAGCCAGCAGCCAACUGGAGGUGGAUGAAGUGGAGAAAGCAGCUGUGGAACUCCUAAAGGGAAGAGAAACACUUCAGGGUACAAAAGCUAGCUCUGCCCCUCAGGGCACCUCAGUCACAUCAGCAGCCAGCUCCCCAGGGCUCAAAGCAGCCCCUUCCCAAAAGACCAUUGCUGCCACUCACCUGUGAUCCACAAGCACACAUGGUCCCUUUGGAAGCUUGCAGGGGGUUAUUGGAGCAAUGCCACACUGCUCCCCCUCUGCCUGGGGUCCCGGUGGGCUCUGUCCAGCUGCAGGAGGAUUUUGGGGCCGGGUGUCCAGGUUGCUGGUGCAGGACAGGACAAUACUGUACCAGCAGGGUCUUGCAAGAGCUGGACAGGUCAUUAAAGUGUUCCUGCUGCGUGACUCC